AUGGAGUACUAUGAAAAAGCCUUGGAAAUUGCCAAAGAACGAGGAUAUAAACACCAGGAAACACGCGGAUACCUUGCGUUAGCAGAAGCUUAUAGGUUGAACAAUCAGAUUCAAAAGGCAAUGGAAUGCUACGAAAAAGCUUUGGAAAUCGCCAAAGAACGAGGAUAUAAACACGAGGAAACACGCGCAUACCUUGAGUUAGGAGAUGCUUAUAAAUGGAACGAUCAGAUUCAAAAGGGAAUAGAAUACUAUGAAAAAGUCUUGGAAAUUACCAAACAAACAGGAUAUGAACACGAGGAAACAUGCGCGUACCUUGGGUUAGGAAAAGCUUAUAAGUUGAACAAUCAGAUUGAACAGGGAAUGGAAUACUGUGAAAAAGCCUUUGAAAUUGCCAAAGAACGAGGAUAUAAACACGAAGAAACAUGCGCGUACCUUGAGCUAGGAGAGGCUUAUAAAUUCAACAAUCAGAUUCAAAAGGGAAUGGAAUACUAUGAAAAAGCCUUGGAACUUGCCAAAGAACGAGGAUAUAAACACAAGGAAACAUGCGCGUACCUUGGGUUAGGAAAAGCUUAUAAAUUGAACAAUCAGAUUCAAAGGGGAAUAGAAUACUGCGAAAAAGCCUACGAAAUUGCCAAAGGAAGAGGAUAUAAACACGAGGAAACAUGCGCGUACCUUGAGCUAGGAGAAGCUUAUAAAUUGAACAAUAAGAUUCAAAAGGCAAUGGAAUAUUAUGAAAAGGCCUUGGAAAUUGCAGAAGAACGAGGAUAUAAAAACGAGGAGACACGCGCAUACCUUGAGUUAGGAGAAGCUUAUAAAUUGAACAAUCAGAUUAAAACGGGAGUGGAAUACUAUGAAAAAGCCUUGGAAAUUGCCGAAGAACGAGGAUAUAAAUACGAGGAAAUACGUGGGUACCUUGGGUUAGGAGAAGCUUAUAGAUUGAACAAUCAGAUUCAGAAGGGAAUGGAAUACUAUGAAAAAGCCUUGGAAAUUAUAAAAAAAAAAGGAUAUAAACACGAGGAAACACGCGCAUACCUUGAGUUAGGAGAAGCUUUUAAAUUGAACAAUCAGAUUCAAAAGGGAAUGGUAUACUAUGAAAAAGCCUUGGUAAUUGCCAAAGAACGAGGAUAUCAACACGAGGAAAUACGCGCGUACCUUCACUUAGGAGAAACUUAUAAAUUGAACAAUCAGAUUCAAAAGGGAAUGGAGUACUAUGAAAAAGCCUUGGAAAUUGCCAAAGAACGAGGAUAUAAACACCAGGAAACACGCGGAUACCUUGCGUUAGCAGAAGCUUAUAGGUUGAACAAUCAGAUUCAAAAGGCAAUGGAAUGCUACGAAAAAGCUUUGGAAAUCGCCAAAGAACGAGGAUAUAAACACGAGGAAACACGCGCAUACCUUGAGUUAGGAGAUGCUUAUAAAUGGAACGAUCAGAUUCAAAAGGGAAUGGAAUACUAUGAAAAAGCCUUGGUAAUUGCCAAAGAACGAGGAUAUAAACACGGGGAAACACGCGCAUACCUAAAGUUGGGCGAAGCUUAUAAAUUGAACAAUCAGAUUCAAAAGGCGAUGGGAUACUAUGAAAAAGCCAUGGAAAUUGCCAAAGAACGACGAUAUAAACUACAGGAAACACGCGCAUACCUUGAGUUAGGAGAAGCUUAUAAAUUGAACCAUCAGAUUCAAAAGGGAAUAGAAUACUGUGAAAAAGCCUUGGAAAUUGCCAAAGAACGAGGACAUAAACUACAGGAAACACGCGCAUACCUUGAGUUAGGAGAUGCUUAUAAAUUGAACAAUCAGAUUCAGAAGGGAAUGGAAUGCUAUGAAAAAGCUUUGGAAAUUGCCAAAGAACGAGGAUAUAAACACGAGGAAAUACGCGCAUACCUUUAUUUAGGAGAAGCUUAUAAAUUGAACAAUCAGAUUCAAAAGGGAAUCGAAUACUGUGAAAAAGCCUUGGAGAUUGCCAAAGAACGAGGAUAUAAACUACAGGAAAUACGCGCAUACCUUGAGUUAGGGGAUGCUUAUAAAUUGAACAAUCAGAUUCAGAAGGGAAUGGAACACUGUGAAAAAGCCUUGGAAAUUGCCAAAGAACUAGGAUUUACACUACAGGAAACACGUGCAUACCUUGAGUUAGGAGAUGCUUAUAAGUUGAACAAUCAGAUUCAAAAGGGAAUGGAAUGCUAUGAAAAAGCUUUGGAAAUUGCCAAAGAACGAGGAUAUAAACACGAGGAAACACGCGCAUACCUUAAGUUAGGUGAAGCUUAUAAAUUGAACAAUCAGAUUCAAAAGGGAAUGGAAUACUGUGAAAAAGCCUUGGAAAUUGCCAAAGAAACAGGAUAUAAACAUCUAGAAAACUUCACAAGAAUUGUAAUUCAAAAUUUUUCAAAAAUUACUGGUAAGCUUAGUAACCAGCUCGUACCCAGGUUCUCUCUUCUCGGUAUUAAGGAAAGACGCUGGCAGUGCUGGUCACGUGAUAUGCUAAAAUAUAUCGAAUUUUUAAUUAGCGUUGUUAUGUAAAUUUGGGCUGGGAGAGGUAGGAAUGCACUAGGUAGCCUGCGUAGCUGGCGGUUUUUAGGUGUUGGGGUUGAGGCGCGGGAAGCGAAACUUGGGGAGGCGAGGAGCGGGAAAGGGGAAAACGGGGACGAGAAAAAUCGCUCGCGUUUUCGCCUUUCCCGCGCCUUCCCUCACUAAUUAUCGCUGCCCGCUCUUCAACCCCAAACCCUUAUACCGCCAGCUGACUUUUGCCAUGUGUACAAGUAUUGUUUUCUCCAAUAAACAGGACAGGUCAGAUCACAUAACCAGCUUCUACCAGGGUUUUUCCUUCCCUGUAUAUAGAGAGAAGACCCUGGGCACGUUAUGAAUUGAUGAUUUUCUGAUAUUUGUGAGAGUCAGUUGAUAUAUUCCGUUGCAGAUCAUUUUUUAAUUAUUUAAGAUUCAAUAAGACAUUGUCGGAGGAGAGCUAAGGGGUCGUGCAUCAAUCCGAAAAAUAAAGCCCAAGUUCGUUAAAACCUGCGUAAAACCUUUUAGUUGACAGAGAGCUUUAGUUUUUGUCUACGGUAGAACAUCUGUCGCGUUUUAAAACACAACUAAAAUUCUGAUUACAGUAAGAGUGAGGCCAUAUACAGUUGAAAGAAACUAAUUGAGGUAAUUACAAAUUGUCCAAUGAUUUUGACAAACAUUAAAUUAAAUUCUAUGUUUUGUCUUCAGUGCCACAAGUAGCUGACACCGUUUAUUUAAAUAUGGCGAAUUUUCAACACCUUUCAACAACUGGUUUGUUGGGAAAAACCAGAAAAAUUAGAAAAAGAAAAUUAAAAAUCAAAAUGAACACCUAAAACUGUCACAAACUCCUUAUGAAAUAUUGAUCAAAUUAAAACUUGCAGUGUCUGCAGCGAUUUCUGGUGCGAUUUUCUCCUUCUGAUGCAUGUGAACGAGUUGAUGAGUUACGAAUGUUCCGAGUGUAUGUACCCUCAUCUGAACAAACAUAACUUAUCCGCUCGUUCGCAUCUAUCAGAAGAAGAAAAUCGCACCUAAAAUCGCAGGAAAAAUUGCAAGUGUAAACAUUAAAGUCUUUAAGGCCCGUUUACAUCUGCAACUUUUGCUGCGAUUUCUAGUGCGAUUUUCUUCUUCUAACGUAUGCGAACGAGUAGAUGAGUUAUGAAUGUUCAGAGUAUAUGUCCCCUCAACUGUACGUUCAUAAUUCAUCCACUCGUUCACAUGCAUUAGAAGGAGAAAAUCCCACCUAAAAUUGCAGCACAAAUUGCAAGUGUAAACCAGCCUUUAGAAUGCUCGAAGAAGAACAGUUUGUCCAAUUUGUCUCUCUACACACUUGUAAAUAUUAUUUCCUACUUUGGUAAAACAUAACAAACUCUUUAUCGGACUCUUUUCUUGCUUCGGCGUUUUAAAUGGUUGAGAAAAAUUCUGGAAACACUGUACUUUCAAUGUUUAGAUCUAAAUCCAGUCGAUGAGAACUAUGAUACUAAUAGUAUUAAAAUAUCCGAUACAUCAGACGGCGCUCAACUUCAGGAUGAAAUUGCUGAUCGUGUGAAACAAACAGACAUCGAAAACAAAACUAUCACUGAUGAUAGAAUUGCGUUAGCAGAACAAUUAUUGAUCUUGGGACAUUCUUACCAAACAGAAGGCCGAAGUGAAGAGGCCAUCAAAAGUUAUGAAGAAGCAGUUCAAAUUGCGAAUGAAACAGAUCACAAUGACAUCAAAGCAAAAGCUUAUCAACAUUUGGGAAACGUAUUUACUGGAAUCUCUGAAUAUAAGAAGGCAAUCGAAUAUUAUCAGAAAGCACGUAAAAUAUCUCUAGACCUAGAGGGAGAUGAGAUGGAAAUAAUAGCAUAUCAAUGGCUAGGAUACAACCACCUGCAAGCUGGUCAGUACCAAGAAUCCAUUGAGUUUUACAACGAAGUGGUAAGACUUGCCACACAGCUUGGAUGCAAAACGAGAAAGGUCAAUGCUAGCAUAGGGUUAGGAAGUGCGUUUAGUUAUAUUGGCGACUUUGCAUCCUCUGAAAAGUAUUUCUUAAAAGCCAUCACUGUAGCAAAACAGCUCAAGCACAGAUGUCUUGAAAAACUAGCUCAUACAAAUCUAGGACAAUACAAGAGUUGUAAGUUUGAUGCAGCUAUCAAAUCGUAUCUCAAAGCUGAAGAAAUUUCCCUUGAUAUUGCUGAUAGAAAGGAAGAAGCCAACGCAUGUCUCAUGCUCGGCCAUGCCUUUCGACAAUUAAAGAAACACGAGAAAGCCAUUAAAUCUUACAAGAAAGCGUUAAGCAUUAACAAAGAAAUGAUGAAUAACGAAAUGCAAGGGGUUUGCUUUGAGAAAGCUGUGGAGGGAAUUAUCAAUGAAUGGUGCGGCUAUUGCUGCUUUAUUGCUGGUCAGCGUCAAGAAGGAAUGACAUUUUACGAGAGUGCGAAAGAUAUUGCCAAAAAAGUUGGAGACAAAUAUCAAGAAUAUCGCACAAACCAAGCGGUCGGAAAUAUCCUCUGCAACAUUGAUAAUUAUGAGAAGUCGAAGGAAUAUUACCAAGAAGCUUUGACAAUUGCUGUGGAACUUGGUGAUAGACAUUGUGAAGGAACAUCAUGUUUUAAUUUGGCAACAGUUUGCAGGAAAGAUUGCGAUUACAAGAUGGCGAUAGAAUGGUAUGAAAAGGCACUGUAUAUUGUUAGAACAGAGGUUAAUGAUGAUAUUCUGAAAGAGAAGGUUUUGACAGGUUUGGGAAUUGCCUGGUUCAAUCUUGGAGAUACCAAAAAGGCAAUUGAGAAGAUUCAGGAAGCUCAAACGUUGGCUAAGGAUAGUGACACAG